UCACGUUUGAUAAAUCUCUGAACCGUUUCAAACAGUACACUGUAAGGUUAGAUGGCUGAAUAUUAUCUUCACAAGUUAUGCUCGGCUGGAUCCUAAAGGCGUUGGCCAUGUCGCAGAGGCACCAACUGGCCGACUUGAUGUUCGGCCCGGCUGGCGCCGAGCUGCCGGUCAUCUCCAACAUCACCUACAACGUGGAGACGACGCAUGCGUCCACCGAGGUGCCGCGCCUCACCGGCACAGAGCUGGACGUGAAGGUCUCUCUGGUCGGAAAGGACGUCAUCGGCAGUUUGAAGGAGCUGUACCGGUCAGGCGUCGUGACCCAGCCAUACCCGCUUCACGUGCAGAAGAUGGCCUCUCUGGGGAAGUCGGAGGUGACGGUGCGGCCGCACGGCGCGCGCCGGCCCACGCGGAACGGCGCCGGCACCUCCAGCAGCGAGUAGCGCACGGGUCGGAGCCCUCCGCCGCCGUCCGGCGAGGCGCCGCGGCGCCGGCCGACCUACCGACGGCUGCCGCACGCAUGAGAUCAUGGGCGUCCAGCAGGAUUUUAUGUCUGAGAUGCGACCUCUCGGUUGGCUGCUUGCUGUCGAGCUGUGCCGUUGUGUUCCAAUGGCGAUGGUUUCUUUGGUUAUUGCCAUGACGGCGUUUUUCGGCGGCGUUGUAGGUAACGUUCGGCUGCAAUCGUUGCCUGUCAUUUUUGUGUGUGGCAAGUGUGAAUACUGAAAUAGCUUUGUACUGAGGUGUAUUUUGGUGCAUUUAUGACACAGAUAAACAAAUAAAAAGAACUUUAUUA